AUGGCGAUCUAUGUGGGACAGCCGCUGGCAACCGGUGUGGACCCCUCGCUGGUCCCGCUGACCAGCCCGCUGCCGCCCAGCCUGCUGCCGCCGCUGGCCAUGGGUUUGCUCAUCGCCGGCCUUGUCACCUCUGCGCUGUUCUACGUGCGGGAGCAGAUCGGCGGGCGGCGCGUGAGCAUGGCGGAGGAGGCGGCGCUGGCGGGGGCCGCCGCCGCCUGCCUCGGCUUCGGCACGCUGUUCCUGCUGCUCUGGUGCGGCGUCUAUGUGGGCUAG